AUGGCUACCGACACGAUGCCCUUUCAAACUCCCCAAGUACCGUUGAAGGAUAUCGGGGGCCCGUUGCCUUCGACCCCUAUUCCCGAGGAUGCGGACCACUCCACUAUUGCUAGCCGGGCCGUUGAACAGCUAAGCAACCUCCAACCAUCAGCCAUGUUGCACGACGCCAUGUGGAGAGACCAGGUCGCUCUGACUGGAACAAUGCGCACGUUCCAUAGCUCACGUACCAUCUCGCUAGCGUGGAACGAGCUCACUGCUGCCAAUAGACCUCAAGGCUUUUCCAUUCUUCCCAAGACUUCUCAAGUGAUGCGCGUGGGGCCGACGCUGCACUGGGUCGAGGCUCUGUUUGCCUUUUCGCUAUUGCCUGAGGGCAAGAGGCGAAAAGACUGUACCGGCAUUAUCAGGGUCGUGCCAGUCGGUGACGAAUGGAAGAUCUGGGUCAUCUGCACGCUUCUGGAAGACAUACCAGACUAUGGGACCAGCGAAAAGAUGACUCCAUUGACACCGGAGGAGAGCCUCAAAGAAAGAGAAGCCAACAGCAUUUCUUCCGGGAAGGAUCAUUUCGAUGCUGUUAUCAUUGGAGGAGGCCAGUGCGGAUUAUCGACGGCCAGCCGUCUCAAGGCUCUGGGAGUUUCUCAUGUCGUUCUGGACCGCAACGAGGAGAUCGGAGGCAAUUGGCUUACCAGAUACAAGUCAUUCACGCUGCAUACAUCCAAGGCAGCGAGCGACCUGCCAUACGGCGGCAUCUUCAAGCCAGAAGACCCGUACUUCCUCCCCAGCAAGAACAUCGCCGACGGGUACAGGCGCUUCGUUGAGCGCUGGGGCCUCAACUUCUGGACCUCCUGCGUCGCGAAGAAAGCCUCCUGGGAUGCCGAAAAGGAAGAAUGGACCAUAGAGUUCGACUACACCCCUCCGGUAGCCUCCGGUGCCGUCAACGGUAAUGGGACUGGCGUUACCCGCCGCACCAUAUACGUAAAACACCUCAUCUUUGCCAUGGGCGGUGGAGGGCAGGUUCCCAAAUACGCCGACAUCUCCAACCAAGACGCAUUCAAGGGCGAAGUCCUACACUCGGUCAACUACACGACGGCCGACAGCUGGCGUGGCAAGCGCGGCGUCGUCAUCGGCACGGCCAACUCAGCGCACGACGUGGCGACGGACAUGGUCAACGCGGGGCUGGCGUCGGUGACGCUGAUACAGCGGUCGCGCACGCCCGUCUUUCCCGAAUCCUACUACCACGUGCUCUUCGACCCCUUCUACCACGAAGGCACCGACGUGCCGCUCAUGGACCGCAUCAUGGAGAGCCCGCCGCUGGCCGUCACGCACAAGUUCGUCAAUGUCGUCCUCAACGAGAUGGCGUCCAAGAUCCCCGACUACUUCGACAAGCUGGAGGCGGCGGGCUUCGCCGUCGACCGCGAGAUCGACUUGGUCCAUUGCUUGUACGAGCGCAUGGGUGGCCACUUCUACGAUAUGGGCGUCGCCGACAAGAUCGUGAAUGGCGCCAUCAAGGUCAAGCAGGGUACCGCCGAGAGCUUCACCGAAAAGGGGCUGCGGUUCCCGGACGGCAGCGAGUUGGAGGCCGACGUGAUCGUGUACGCGACGGGAUUCGUGGGGAACGUGCGGUACGCUGCGACGGAGAUCGUCGGCAAGGAGAUCGGCGCGCGAUUGGAUGACUUCUGGGGCGUGGACAAGGAGGGAGAAUUGAGAGGCAUAUCCAAGCCCAUGGUCGGACAGAAGAAUGUCUGGUACAUGGGCGGUGAUACGCGGUACGCGCGAUACAGCUCGAGGUAUCUGGCUUUGCAAAUCAAAGCAGAUAUAGAAGGGGAGACGUUGGAUGUCUACCGGAAGACGCCGGGGGAGCUGCCGAACUGA